UCCGGUUACAGUUCGUGACGAUUUACCUUUAUCACUAAACGUAUAUAUGCUUGUCUGUACCACUUGAUAAACUUCAGGCGUUACCGUCGAACGCUUUGUAAAUGCUAUACAUGUUGUACAUGUAGGUAAGUCAGCAUACUUUUGAUGUCUUUACAUGUGUAGUUUGUGGAAAACGGUUAGUAUAUCAUAUUAAGGUUUUGGCACGAAUUGAAUGAGAAUGCAAGUUGCUAACAAAGUGGCCUUGAUAACGGGAUCAGGAAAAGGACUCGGCAAGGCCUUUGCGGGGGCGUUACUUGCACGAGGAGCUAGGGUAUGUCUGUCUGACGUUGAUCCAAAGACACUCCAGGCCACUUAUGACGAAUAUGCAUCCCAAUUUGGCAAGGAAAACGUGUGCAGUACCCCAUGUGACGUCACAGUUGAAUCAAACCUAAAAGACGUGUUUGCGGAGGCCAGACAGAAUUUCAAAGGACUGGACAUAGUGGUCAAUAAUGCUGGAAUUGCCGACGAAAGCACGUGGGACAAGAUGGUGGAUAUAAACCUGAAAGGAGUAAUGAGGGGAACUUUGAUGGGAAUGGAUGCCAUGAAAUCGACCAAUGGAGGCAAAGGAGGGAUUAUUAUCAAUAUAGCGUCUAUGGCAGGACUUCUUCCGGUGGGCCACGUCCCAGCAUACACUGCGACGAAACAUGGCGUUGUGGCUUACACGAAAAGUUGGGCUAUCAAUACAGAAACGUUGAACAACAACAUUCGUUUGGUUUGUCUGUGCCCAGCCUACACUGACACUGAUAUCAUCAAGAUGCCAGAGAACGCUGUAUGCGGUAAAAGCCUCGCCAAUGCCUCUUUACAGGAACUUGGCGUCAUGAGCGUUGACACCGUCGUAGCUGCUUUCCUUAAACUUCUGGACGAUAGUGACAACCACGGAAAAGCAUUGUCUGUGAUGAAAGGGAAAGGAAUGCAAUACUUUUAAUAUAAUGGUUACGUGAUAAAAGAUGCAGUUUACUCCCCACUUAUGUCGAUAAUUCAACAGUAUAAUCAGAUGAAUGCUCUCGUCAUGCAUAUACCGUACUACCCUAGAACUUUGAUAGAUCAGAAUUCGAGUGUGCUGAAGAUGUACAAUGAUGUUUUUUCGCUUGUUGCCCAUAUAGAGAAUCAACCAAUCAACACCAUGCCAACACAUCUUGGCCUUUAAUUGCAUCUGUCCUUACAUCCGGUAUGCAAAUAUAAUCCUGGUCAACUGGACGUUUAAAAAUAGCACAGACAAUGAUUGAUGAGUCAAGAUCGCCUGUGGCAGUGACUACUCGGUGAUUAGAGGUCAAUGCAGGAAUCCAUUGAACGGAAAUAACAUUUAUGAUAUGAAAAUAAUUGAUCGCAGGUCUCAAUAUUUAUAUCAACAGACCAACAUUUGGCAUUAUCUAUGUGUAAAUAAAGCAUUAUUUAAAACGUUAAA